AUGAAUGUAUUAAAAUUACAAAAGAAAUUUCCUAUUUUACAACAAUCUGAUUUAUUUACAAUAAUUGAAGAUUUUAGAUCAAUUGAUUUAGAUGAUAAAGGUUGGGUUGAAAAAAAAGAUGUUAUAAAUAGUAUUAGUAAACAAGGACAAUUUUCUUAUGAUCAAACAAGAGAAACUUUAAAACAUGUUGAUGUUGAUGCUUCUGGUCAUGUUGAAUUAGAUGAUUAUGUUGAAUUAAUUGCAAAAUUAAAAGAAUCAAAUAAUGGAGAUGAUGAAAAUGAUAAUAAUAAUAAUUAUUCACAACAACAAUCACAACAAUCACAAUCCAAGCAAGAAGUCUUAUCACCUGGAAAAUUAAAUAAAAAAGCAGCACCUCCAAUUCCAAGUGCAAAUACUAAAAAUAAAACUUAUAUUGAAGGUAAAACUUCAGGUACAACUCAUACUAUAAAUGAUGAAGAAAGAACUGAAUUCACAAGACAUAUUAAUUCUGUAUUAUCAGGAGAUUCAGAAAUUGGUGAUAGAUUACCAUUUGAUACAGAAACUUUUCAAAUGUUUGAUGAAUGUAGAGAUGGUUUAGUAUUAAGUAAAUUAAUUAAUGAUUCAGUACCUGAUACAAUUGAUACAAGAGUUUUAAAUUUACCAAAAGGUAAAAAACAGUUGAAUAAUUUUCAAAUGUCUGAAAAUGCUAAUAUAGUUAUUAAUUCUGCAAAAGCUAUUGGAUGUGUUGUUGUAAAUGUUCAUUCAGAAGAUAUAAUUGAUGGUAAAGAACAUUUAAUUUUAGGAUUAAUUUGGCAAAUUAUUAGAAGAGGAUUAUUAAGUAAAGUUGAUAUUAAAUAUCAUCCUGAAUUAUAUAGAUUAUUAGAAGAUGAUGAAACUUUAGAACAAUUUUUAAGAUUACCACCAGAACAAAUUUUAUUACGUUGGUUUAAUUAUCAUUUAAAAAAUAGUGGAUCAAAAAGAAGAGUUUCAAAUUUUAGUAAAGAUAUAAGUGAUGGAGAAAAUUAUACAAUUUUAUUAAAUCAAUUAAAACCAGAUGAAUGUGAUUUAUCACCUUUAAAAACUUCAAAUUUAAUAAAUAGAGCAGAACAAGUUUUAAAUAAUGCUGAUAAAAUUGGAUGUCGUAAAUAUUUAACACCAAAUUCAUUAGUUUCAGGAAAUCCUAAAUUAAAUUUAGCUUUUGUUGCAAAUUUAUUUAAUAAUUAUCCUGGUUUAGAUCCAAUUGAAGAACAUGAAAAAAUAGAAAUUGAAGAAUUUGAUGCUGAAGGUGAAAGAGAAGCUAGAGUUUUUACUUUAUGGCUUAAUUCAUUAGAUGUUGAUCCACCAGUUGUUUCAUUAUUUGAAGAUUUAAAAGAUGGUUUAAUUUUAUUACAAGCUUAUGAUAAAGUAUUACCUGGUUCAGUAUCUUUUAAACAUGUUAAUAAAAAACCUUCAAAUGGUGGAGAAGUUACAAGAUUUAAAGCUUUAGAAAAUACAAAUUAUAGUGUUGAAAUUGGUAAAGCUAAUGGAUUUUCAUUAGUUGGUAUAGAAGGUUCAGAUAUAGUUGAUGGUAAUAAAUUAUUAACAUUAGGAUUAGUUUGGCAAUUAAUGAGAAGAAAUAUUAUAAAUACUUUAUCAGAAUUAGGUAAAGGAGGAUCUCAAUUAACUGAUUCAGAUAUUUUAAAAUGGGCUAAUUCUCAUUCUCAAUCAACUAAAAUAAGAUCAUUUAAAGAUCAAUCAUUAUCAAAUGGUUUAUUCUUGUUGGAUGUAUUAAAUGGUUUAAAACCAGGUUAUGUCGAUUAUGAUUUAGUUUAUCAAGGUAAUAAUUUAAAUGAUGAAGAAAAAUAUGCAAAUGCAAAAUUAGCUAUUUCUAUAGCAAGAAAAUUAGGUGCUUUAAUUUGGUUAGUUCCUGAAGAUAUUAAUGAAGUUAGAAGUAGAUUAAUUUUAUCAUUUGUUGGUAGUUUAAUGGCUGUUGCUGAAAAAUGA